UCGACUACACUUAAACUUUUGACAAGAGAUAACGUUGUAGUCCUUCACCCGACGAUGGCCUUAUCCGGGGUGAUGCUACCGUCAUUUUCGACUUUCUCAAACCAAAGAGAAAAAACCUGGGAAAAUAGGUGGAAAGGAGAGAUGGACAAACUGGUCUCCAGUAGCUGUUCCAUGCUUGAGAUGGUUCACUGCCUGGACAAUCACAAAAAGGACGACGAGGAUCUGAGUAACUAUUUGGAUCUGGAUUUUAUUCUCGCCAACACAGCUGGCUCAGACAGCGCCGCGGAGUACGUGGGCACGACAGACCCCGGCAUGUACACGACUGGAAACUCCGUGCCAUCUUAUCCAGCAGACGACCACCGCUCCCCGCCACCCCCGUACGGCGCCAGCCUUAUGACAGAGCUGCUCCGCUCAGAAGGAACCGGCAACUAUGGCAUUACGCGCAACCCCAGCAUCCAGGGGAGAUUUUAUGUCAACAGUGCGCACUUCCCCCGUCCGGAAAACAUAAAAGUGGAGCCAGCCAUGGACAAUUACGGUCCCGUGAUGGGCAUGGUGCCCCAGAGCUGCAGCAAGAUCAAGCAAGAAGGCAACGUUUCGUGCAUGAUGUCCUUCGAGCAGCCAAGGGUGGCCAUCUCUCCCCGUGCAGCCAGCAACAUGACCCCGCCUCUUAGUCCCGACGACCAGGGAGUUUCGGACUGCCAGGCACAGCUUUGCCAGCCCAUGAACUUCCCUCAGAAAUAUCACACACCGGCAGCUUUCCAGCACCACCCUCAGGCUCCCCAGAUGCAGAUGCCCUACCACGCUCCGCACACCGGCUUCGGCAUGUACGACGAAGGUCUCAACCUGCAGCCCGGCGCGCAGAGGGUCAUGCUCACGCCGCCCUCGUCUCCCCUGGAGCUACUGGAAUCCAAACCCAAGAGGGGCAGGCGAACGUGGCCGCGCAAGCGCACCGCGACGCACACCUGCACGUUCGCCGGCUGCGGGAAGACCUACACCAAGAGCUCCCACCUGAAGGCACAUCUCAGAACUCACACUGGUGAGAAGCCAUACCACUGCAGCUGGGAAGGGUGUGGAUGGAAAUUCGCCCGGUCCGAUGAGCUGACCCGUCAUUUCCGUAAACACACCGGGCACAGGCCCUUCCAGUGCCACCUGUGUGAGCGCGCCUUCUCCAGGUCUGACCACCUGGCACUUCACAUGAAGAGGCACAUGUGAAUGAGCCCACAAAACGGACUUGGGGGGGUUCUUGGGGGUGUUAUUUUUAUUGUGAUCCAACUGUAUUUUUUAUUUAAAACGUUCUCCACCUGACCAACGUCUUUUUAUAUAAUAUUGUUUUUUUUUUUUUGUUUUUAUUAAAGUUUUAGUGUUAUUAUUUUCUAAUAAUGUAGCUGGUACUACUUUGGUUCUUUGAAAGCUUUAGAAAAGCUUUGUUUGCUUUAGAACAGGCAGACCAGGAAGGGGCUGGCCCUGUACAUACUACUCUUCUUUGACAGAACUGGAAUACUGUGUUUGACACAAAGUGCCUUUCUAUGACUGUGCUACUGUAAAACUCUUUCCGACGGAAGGACAUGGCCACAAAAUAGUACGUGUUCUUGUCGACAGGAGUGAAAUGCACAUACAGUUGCCUAACAUGUGCAAAGACAAUGUUUUGUUUAAACUGCCUCAAUGUCCGAACGGCCUUUACUGAAUUCUUUUUCGAUGCUUUUUGUCUUCGCGGUGUGAAACUCUUGGAUCCAGCCCCUCUGUACACUAUCAGGGCUUGAUGUCCUGUGCAUUAUUUUUUACCUAAAUUUAUAUGAAUAAGUACAUGGAUUUUAUACUGUAAAAAUGUGUAUUUAUUGUACAUAUUAAAAGAGAAUGACAAUCAAACGUU